UGACUCGAAAAAGAGGGGGCGGAGGAGGAGGGAAAUCCGUCGAACGUUUCCUCCUUUUCCAGUCUCUGAUCUGUGAUAUAAACCAUCAUUUCAAGCCGCCUAGAACUCAAAAGUGCGCGAGACGCCAAGAGUGAUCGCAUUCAGAACGCAUUGGAUAUAAGCGCGAGCUUUUGUUUUUCGGCAGUACAUUUUGGAGGGGACAUAGAACAUCAUCUACGCCGCUUAUUUAUUUAUUUUGAUCACCCCUACAAUGUCAUCUACAGACGUGGAGAGCCUCCAGCCCGUCCCUCGGCAGCGCAGCAGGUGUAUGGACGUGUUCCUGCUCUGCUCCGUUAUCACCCUGUUCGUCCUGGUGCUGUCCGGAACCGCGCUCGGGUUCUGGAUGCUGAAAGACCUGCGCGCCGAGAUGGAACGCCGGCACCCUCCCCCCGAUGGCUCCAUUAGCCCGAUAAUCAGCGAAAUCCCCCCAAAACUCGACUCGUCCUACAAGGUGCAGAAUUUUGCCUACUUCUCUCCCGUUUACAGUGUGUUGGAAAACGCCAGCGUGGUGUGGGAGCCGAUCCAGUACGGAAACGCCAGCACCGUAGGCUCAAGCUACAGCUAUGAUGAGAAGAACGCAGUGCUGAAGGUGAACAAGGAAGGUACCUACUUCCUGUACACUCAGCUGAACCUGACCUGCGUUCAUCGAUGUGGUGAAGGAACCCUCAGCGUCACCUUCUUUGAUGAUGCGAACAACGAGCUCCUGACCUGCUCACUUCACCUGCAGACUGACCAUUCUCACCGUGUAGCGAAAAAAUGUUGGACAGUGAUUCCUCGUCUUACAGAAGGAAGCCAGCUGAUGGCCAGGAUGCAUGGCUCGGUGAAACCAGACGGAUGGAAGCUUGAGCUUAACCACUCCGGAUUCGGCAUGUUCAUGGUGGAUUAGAAUAUGGGGCAGAUCUUCACCAUCCAGUAGACACUGAGUAUGAACUAUAUAUGAAUCUAUAUGCUAUGACAGGGUGCUGACUCGAACAAUGCUUGAAGAAACCUCAAGGGUUCUCAUUUUUGCACUUUUAGAAAGGCGCUGAUGUGAAACGUACUUCUGUAUCACAAUGCCAGCUUAUUAGCGCGAUAUUAUACUUUUUUGUUUUUCAAUGGAACUUUCAUCUCAAAAACCUCUGGGGAUUUCUAUCCCAAAGAUGAAGCACCGAUGAUCUGAAGCUUCCAUGAUAACUGAUAACAGUAUUAUGCAUCCUGGAUAUUGCGUUAUGUUGGACAAUCGACGCUGCUUUCUCAGGAAGAACUUUCUCGAAGCACUAUUUAUAUUUUUAUACUAAUUAUAGUCAUCUAUUUAUAUACUGUUUGUACAUAUGUAUUUUUAUUCUUCUGAUAUUUAUGUCAUUUGUUACAAAACUGUUUUACUGUAAGACAGCAGGUUAUUUUUUACUGUUACACAGUAGCUGAAGAGUAGACGUCACUACAGACCGUAGCCGCCAACAUGGCUGAAAGCCGGCACAAAGCGCUAAUCACAGCUUAGCGCCUUGAAAUAGGAGCUCAAGAUGCCCUGUACGUGUCUUUAUCACAAUGUGGCGAAAACGUAAUGUCUCUCUGACGGAGACCGGUGAUGUGGUUUUAUAUUCAGGAAUGUAAUGCUAUCAUGUAGUCAAUAAAAGGGACUUUAUUGUACGUCUG